AUGCCGCGGAGGACGCAUAAGAAGUCGCGGAAUGGCUGCGUCGAAUGUAAGCGCCGCCACAUCAAGUGCGAUGAAAAAGGGCCAAUCUGCUCAAACUGCAUAUCUUCAGAACGGUUAUGUGAAUAUCCCGAAAUGACGAUCAAAGUCAUGCAGGCCAGUGGGAGGAGCAGAAAGAGGACAAUCUCCCCAUCAGUAUCAACCGAAUCGCCCAGUACCAAGCUGCCACCAGAUUCUACUUCUUCUAUCCAGCCAGAUCCGCCUGUCAAUAUGCUUCAUGCUGAGCUGCUCUACCAUCUGUCUACAGAAACGCUGCCUUCCCUGAGCAAGGGUGAAAACAACCUAAUCCUUUUACAUAAAGAAGUGAUAGGCCACGCCCUAUCUGCUCCCUACCUGAUGAAUGAGCUACUUGCCCUCGCUGCUUUACACCUUAGUAUCAUUCGCGAGCCUCAGGAAGAAUUGUAUAGACACCACUCGGCGCAGUUACAGAAUCAUGCACUUCGGAUGUUCCAUGAGACCGACUCGGAACUCGGCAUGAGGCCAACGGUACCUGCAUUCAUAUUCUCAUCUAUGCUGGGUAUUCAUAUUCUAUGCGACACCCUGGUAUAUCGAGACCAUGAUUUUCAAGCGCUUCUAGAUCGGUUCGUCCACUAUCUCCGUAUCCACCGCGGAGUACGCGCAGUCAUUGGAGAAGAUUGGAAUCAGAUCAAAGAGACGGCACUCAAGCCGAUUCUGAACGAAGCUGAGGCAAGCCUGCGGAAUUCUACGAGGGACGGACAGGCGUGCAGCUGCCUUCUUGAACUUAUCAAAGCCGCCAGGCUAGGCCCUUCAAUCAGUGAAACCUAUGAGCAAGCGAUUGAGGCUUUACAAUCAUCACUCAAUGCCGCACAAUCUGAUAGGGCCGUCGAUAAUAUUAAUGCUGUCAUCGCUUGGCCAAUCAUUGUUUCUUUGGAAUAUACCGAAAUGCUAGUGCACCGUAGGCCGGAAGCACUCGUUAUUCUAGCGCAUUAUGCAGCUCUUCUGCACUCCUGUCGUGAUCUGUGGGUUUUUGGUGACGGUGGCAGUUUCUUAAUCCAGUCUAUCGACCGGUAUCUUGGGCCGGAGUGGGCAGAAUGGCUGCACUGGCCGAAUCAAGUCUUAGCUGAAUCAACAACCUAA